AUUUACCGUAAUCACAUGAUAUCAUUUCAUAAGUACAGGCUGGAGAAAGAAUGUUGUUUCAUUAUUGUAGAUGUAACAUUAUUUCACUCGCAUUUUGUUUUCACAACAGUUAUUCAAACUUUAAAAAAUGUUAUUACAAAACACGUUACAGUGUUAUUAUGGGUGUAUUACAGUGGAACUGUUUUAGCACACGUGGUAGUUGUCCGGACAGUUGUUUGUGUGGCUCCGUUGGUCCCAUCUUGGCUACAUUGUAAUCAGAGCGCAGAGGAAAGAGAACUCGUCCAUAUUACAGCUGCUGUUUCAGCGGUUUCUGUGGUGAUGGACCCUCCCGGCGGCCGAGACGAGCGUCAUCGUCAAGCAGAGCGGCUUCGGCGGGAGGAGGCAUACUAUCACUUCAUUAAUGAACUGAGUGAGGAGGAGUACAGACUAAUGAGAGACAGCAAUUUACUGGGAACGCCUGGUGAAGUCACAGCAGAAGAGCUGAGGCAACGUCUGGAUGGUGCAAAGGAGAGAGUGUCAUCUCAGCCACGCCCUGAACCACGCCCACAGAGCAGUGAGGCAGAGGGCAGUAGUGGUGUGGUCGAGCCAGGUUCCGAGACAUCUAAUGGAGACUCCCUGCUGGAGUGGUUGAACACAUUCCGGCGCACAGGAAAUGCCACACGUAGCGGGCAGAGCGGAAACCAAACUUGGCGUGCCGUCAGCCGCACCAACCCCAACAGUGGCGAGUUCCGCUUUAGUCUGGAGAUUAACAUCAACCACGAGCAGCCCGAGCCUGGUGAACACAGCGACACCCCUGACCCAACUGAUCUUCCAAUGCCUCCCCCUCCUCCUCCUCCCCCUCCCCCUCCUCCUCCUCCUCCAGUGCAAUCUGCCUCUCCACCCACAACCCCUUACAACCCUUCAAGGGCUGCACCCUACUCACUUCAACACCCCACGCCGUACUCCACGAGCAGACCCACCCUGGGAAGAAGAGGCGCAGUGCGCCGCACUCGCAGUAGCACCACUCCGCCUGUAAUGCCCCCUAUGACCUCACAGGCUCCUCCCAUGCCUCUGAGAAGGAACUUGCCUACUUUGCCAAGCUCUCCACCUCCACAGGCUCCACUUGCUUUUCAGUCACAGGAGACGGAUGGUGGUGCUGUUCGGAGUCAAAUACAGGUCACGACCUCCUCAGUCAAUACAGGAGUGGAGCAGAAUGGAAGUGAAGGCCCAGACUGCCCUAAUGUUCAGCCUCAGUCUGACCCCCAGGUGGCGCCAGCUGCCCGUGAGCCACGAAACAGUAGGACUCGUUCACGUGGUCGUGUGCGCCGGGCAGCAGGUGCCGGAGGGGCUUUAUCUCGUUCUUCGAGAAGAAGCCGCUCGCCUCUGGACAGAAACACCGCCUCCAGUGUUAGUCCCACCCACAGCAGCAGCAGCAGCACCCCCCCAGUGGAGUCUGCUGGGAGUACAGCUGUUAGUAUGGAGAUGGGCCAACCCACCGCAGAGCCAACUGCUCCUACAGAUCCUCCAGAGGCAGGUGAGGAAGAGGGAGAGACGCCUGUAUCAGGUGCUGGAGGUGUUCGUCGUCACCCCACAAUCAUGCUGGACCUGCAAGUGCGGCGCAUCAGGCCAGGAGAGAACCGGGACAGAGACAGCAUCGCCAGCCGCACGCGCUCUCGUGCUCGGGCUGCUGAAAACACAGUCACCUUCGAAAGCGACAGCGGUGGCUUCCGGAGAACAAUCUCACGCUCAGAGCGUGCGGGUAUUCGCACUUACGUCAGCACUAUACGCAUCCCAUUGCGGCGCAUUUCUGAGACAGGCCUCGGCGAGCCCAGCUCCAUGGCAUUGCGAUCUAUUCUUCGCCAGAUUAUGACCGGCUUUGGUGAGCUCAGCUCCCUCAUGGAGACGGAAGCAGAUUCAGAGACUGCGACGCCCAGCCAGGACUCUGCUCCCGCUGCUGGAGCCCAGACAUAUCGCGCUGCUGGUGCAGAGGGUGGAGCCACCCAUGGCGGAGUUGAAUCAGCACGGGAAACUUUAGGGGAGGGUGAGGAGGAAGGACAAGUGCGGGUGAGCAGGACUGGGCCGGAGGGACGACCUAGCAGCAGAGACACUAACAACCUAGUGGAAAAUGGCACAUUGCCCAUCCUAAGGCUUGCACACUUUUUUCUUCUCAAUGAAGAUGAAGAUGAGGAGCACCCACGGGGCCUCACCAAAGAACAGAUCGACAAUCUGGUCACACGCACUUACGGUCAGGUCAACCUGGAGGGUGAGCAGGGCCGCGCUUGCAGCGUUUGCAUCAAUGAGUACGCGCAGGGCAACAAGCUGCGCCGCUUACCAUGCGCCCACGAGUUCCACAUCCACUGCAUCGACCGCUGGCUCUCUGAAAACAACACCUGCCCCAUCUGCAGGCAGCCCAUCCUGUCCAGCCAUCAGGAAUGAUGUCAGGCUGUAGCUAUCAAUCAACAGACUGAACCAGUGACUUUUAUUCUGCCGUCGGUGGCAGCUGUACAUAGUGCUUCAAUGUUUUCAUUCUCUGAGAUCCAUUGUAUUCAAGCUAAAGGUAGAACCAAAAGCAGAAAAAGACUAUAAUGCAGAGAUUUAACAAAGCUUUAUUUUUUUAGACUCCUUUUGUUUUCCUCUUCUUCCAUUUUCCAUUAAGCUUUGCGGAAACAUUAACAGAUGGCAUGACUAACUUGGAUGGAGUUAGGAAUGUUAACUUCUGCUAAAGUUGCAGUCACAAUUAAAGGGAUAGUUCACCCAAAGUGUGAAAAUCAUUUCUUUUAUUUACUUGUUCCAAACCAGUUUGAGUUUUAAAGGUGUUUUAAAGGAUGUUGGAAAC